AUGGACAGCGCUCAUUUAACCCCCGCAGCACCCCAAGGGCGGCGUCCUGGCUCACGAGGCACAACAGCGUCUCACGAUUCGGACAAUUUCGCACACCAGGCUGGACCGCCGUCAGUAAUGGCUCAAGCGCUAGAACAUCACCGCACACCGCGCAAACUUGUGUUGUGUUUCGAUGGUACAGGUAACAAAUUCAGAGGUGAUGACAGCGACAGCAACAUUCUCAAGAUUUUUAGAUGUCUGGACCGUGAAGCUGGCGACCAGUAUCAUUACUACCAGCCAGGUAUCGGCACGUAUGUUGUGUCGACUUCAUUAUCGCAUACGAGUUUGAGAUCACGAAUCCGAUCAUGGUAUUUGAAGGCGAAAGACUCUGCAAUUGGGUCUAGUUUUGAUCAACAUGUCGUUGGUGGUUAUCGGUUCCUUAUGCGCUUUUACAACCCGGGAGAUGAGAUCUAUUUCUUUGGAUUUUCCAGAGGCGCCUAUAUCGCCAGAUUCUUAGCAGAGAUGCUUGAUUAUGUCGGAUUGCUUUCUCAUGGAAACGAAGAAAUGGUCAUUUUCGCCUGGAAAGCAUUUUCACAGUGGCAGGCUCGUAACCACGAUGAUUCACCCGAGGGCCGCGAAAAACGACAUGAGAUGUACCGAUUUUUAAAAGGUUUCCGCGAGACCUUCAGUCGCCCAGUGAAGAGAAUUAGGUUUCUGGGCCUCUUUGACACGGUCAACUCGGUCCCGCGAUUCGAGGCGGCUUGGAUGCAGCGUUCCAAGUUUCCUUAUACAGCAAGGAGCAGCGCUAAGGUCAUACGGCAUUGUGUGUCGAUCGACGAGCGCAGAGCCAAAUUCCGACAAGAUCUCAUGUACCAGAAGAGACCAGAAAUCCAUCAUCACGUUCAUGGUCUGCAUAGUCUUCAGGAGAAAUAUCGCGCGCGGCGUGCCAGCAUAGUACCGACAGCUCCAUCGGAAGCGGCUCGAGGUCGACGCGCGACCCUCGCACCACCAACAGAACACACAUUCAGACCACACUCGCGGUCUGUGUCUAGAGCUACUAGGAGUACUACCGAAGGUCAAUUCCAUCCGGGCGAUGCUAGGUCAGAGAUUUCGCACUUUGACGACAAUUAUGAUUCCGACGAUGAUGAACAAGAUAUUGACGAGCUAUGGUUUGCGUACUAUAUUCACACAUAUAACAGGGGUGGUCACGGUGACGUUGGUGGUGGCUGGGAAAUACUUCCGGGGUCGAAAUCAGCAAGCCACGUUCCUCUCGUUUACAUGAUCAGACAAGCCGAGAAGGCGGGUCUCACAUUUGAUCCCGAGAAAUUGAUUGAGAUGGGGCUGGCGGAAGCCAUCAUCAACCAAGAAACGGACAACAAUACCCAUGGGGCCCGCCGCGGCACAGCCGGGGAGACGCAGGUACCAGACAUCCGCAUUGACGUGUCAGCUUCAAGCCCGACGGCAUCACAGAAAGGGAAUGGGAUUGAACACAUGCAAGAGAACUGGAGCCAUUUCAACAAUGUUAGGGAUUUCGGCAAGAGCGAGGAGGCGCCGCGGCGACCGUUUCACGACAUGCUGCAUAAGGCGCACGUAGCUCGUAUUCACGAUUCACUCGAGUUCUCCUCCGGGCUUGGCACACUUCCGGUCAUUAGCUGGAAGUUUAUGGAGUAUCUUCCUUUCAGACGAAUGGAUCUUCAGCCUGACGGGUCGUGGAAGCCUAUUAGAUGGCCUCUGCCGGGUGGUGAAACCCGUGACAUUCCCCACACGGCGCGUGUUCACGGGUCUGUCAUCCGCCGCAUGAAGCAAGAUGCUACUUAUCGCCCCGGGAAUCUUAUUGUUGGUGGAGGAGGCCGAGGGAUGCGGAUAGCUCCUGAAGAGCAUGGUAUUGGCGAGUGGGAAUGUGUUCAGGGACAUGGAGACCCGGUUGAGGAAGUCUGGAUCAAGAAGUCGAGCUCACCAGCUGAUGUAUGA